UGCUUAUAAAUCUAAUCUGGUUCGCGGAAGAGGAGUGCGGUUAACAGCCGGAUACGCGUUUCAUCUGUACUCGCUAAGCUGAGUUGCGAACGACAGUCGUUCAUCGCAGAUCCUUCAGUUAACUCGUUCUUUAAACGAUCACUGUAGUAAUCAAAAAGGAUUUAUCUUCGAAACCUACAAUGCCACAUUUGGCCACCCUUAUUUUCGCUCUCUUCAUCCUACAAUCUGCAACAGCUGUCCAGAGUAGGACACAUCGUUCGCCGGAAAUAGACGGAUUACCAUAUCCUCAUAAUCUACCAGAAAGUCUAAGAAUCGUCCCUCAUGAAAUGUCACCAAUAAUUGAGUACAAAGUAGCAGGUCCUAAUAAUAACUUGGGAAUGGCUUCUUAUCAGUCAUCGCAGCCAAAUAUCGAGGACAGAGAGCCAUCCACUGAUCAUCUGGCAAAUCGUGUGCCAGAUAGUUGGAGGGUCAUCCCACGUCAAAUGGAACCACCAAGGAUUGAAAUGCAAUUGAUAAAAGAACAUGUACCAAAAACCGGCGCAAACUGGGUCAGCCUUGAAUAUACAUUUUCGGAUAAUUAUGGAAAUUCCGAACCGAUAUCGGAGCUUCGAAAUAAUGCUAACGGAAACGAUGGACAUAAAGUAUCUCAAAGUGAAAACAGUCGUAAAAAAACCAGUAGCUUGGGACUUGGUUCUAGAACAAUCGUCAACGUCCCUUUUAGACCGUGUCCACCCGGUCAGAGAAGGAACUACAAGGGAGUCUGUACAAAAGUUUAUUAGGCCAAUAUCCAAAAACAAAUUUACUUUUUUUUAUGAAAUAAAUUAAUUCACAAAAUA